AUGGCUGACGACAACGUUCCAAUACCCGACGCCUCCGAGGCACUCUUGCAGGCAGUCGAUGUACCUACAAAGUACGACCGCUUUCUAAGACCCAGCGACGGGAAGCUCGUUCCCUUGCUUGUGCAGAGCUUCGAAAACGGCCAGCCUCCAUCCGAGCAGAGAUCAUGGACACGUAUCGGCAAGCCUCAAAACCAGACCCCUCUUUUCGUGAGACUGAGCUAUUGGAUCUGGUCUCCAGCCUUGAAGGAUGGUGGUUCGGAAUGCAAAUACAGUGCUAAUACCAUCGGUCUGGUUCUCGCGAGAUGGUUGAUAUCGCUGCCGUUGUUGCUCCCAUUGCUGGGUAUUUUCCAAAUAUCCACGCGUGCACUCAAGCCUCAUAAACGCAAUGCCAACUAUGAUCCGGUGGCCACGAAGUCCGAGGAAGACCCUGACCAGCGAGCCGGCCAAGGAGGAGAUGGUGUGGGCACCGAGCGCACCAGAGACCAUUCUUCAUCAACGGAUCUCCAGUACCUCUUGGAUACUUUGCAGAAUGCUCAAGGUGCCGAUGAACGCGUCUUGCACCUCUCGGGAAUACCUGGCGCCACGAUAGACUGGACAUGUCUUGAUCCGGCUGCCUCUCAGGCAGUGGCCGGAAAAAGGGGCCGGAUUCUGGCAGUCUUGCUCAGCAUCAUCCCAGUUGUGGUUAUCUGCGCUCUCUACAUCCUCUUCAUUGCUGGGUGGAUCCCGCGAGAACAUUUCGAGAUACGCUUUUACAUCCUUUGCGGUGUUGGAGGACUCUUGAUGUGCCUUACAGCAUUUGUUGGUCUUGGUGCAACAUGGCUAGCCGUCGCUCCACCUGAUGGGGAUGCUCAGGAUCUGCGUCCGCGGCUUGUGGGAGUUGAAGGCCACGUCGAUAUUAGGACGAUCGAAAGCCACCUCUUCGGCUUUAAUCAUGGACGCCUGGCCGAGGUGGCUUCUUCUUCCAGGGAGCAAUACAGCGACGACGUUGCACAAUCACCCUCGGCUCAGGAAAGUGCCUCUGGGCAGACUGAAAGUGGCCUGGUAUUCACAUUGGUUGAUACAUAUACCAUGACCGUGUACAGGUUCGGCGCCGAGAGACCACCUGUAGCAGCGUUCAUAUGCGGGAAUGACGACAACCUAAAGACGGCGGUGCUGUGCUCCUACGACUGGCAUACCAACACGUUCUGUCGUGAAGCGGCUAUUAAAGUCGACAGCAUGACUUCGGAGCGCAGUCGUAUCAGAAAAGUCGACUUUAUUCUUCUACCCUUUAUGUGGUUUGUGUAUGGCAUGCCCUCUCUUGCAUAUUUGAAUUUCCAGCGCCCAAUGAAUAUCCUUUACAACGCUUCGUUUAUCUUGGCGCAAGUUCCCGCAUACUUCCUUUUGCGUCGUGCGCAUAUCGGCCAAGCAAUUUCUGUUCCAAUCUGGCUGAAAGGCGCGGCGAAUUUGUUCAUCAUUAUCCCGCCACACCAUCUAGGCUACGCCUUAGCGUUGUUCGCUGUCGAAGGUGCUGUUGACGGCGUCAUAUUCCUGGCCUUCGUCGUCAUUACGUGCUCGUGGUACACACCGCGUGAAUUGCUCAUCAGGAUCCUCGUCUGGACGUCAGGCCGGCACCUGUUGUAUAUGAUCCCUGUGCACAGGUUGCUGUAUCGUGACGUCGAUCCCGACAUGGCACCGAUUUCGAGCCCGCUUCCCGUUGUCUGUGUUCUCCUUGCUACAUAUGCCUUCCACUAUGUCGGUGCAUUCCUCCCUCCGAGCGCCAGUAAUGAGAUGGAAAAUCAAGAAUGUACAGAGUACCCCUACAUCCCCGAUCCAAGCGGCACAUACUUACCACUACAGGCUGUCAAAAUCUUCAAGGAUAUUCAGCUAUGGCUGAUGUUCUUGCUCUCAGCGCUGAACAAGAUGCUCAACCUCUUUUCUCUUAUGCCGGUUACCUCAGCUGCCUUGAUCAACAUAUGCGUUGUCGCCUUUGCAUGCAUCAUACUUUCCAGACUGCGAGUCCCACUUAGUAAGACCUCCACCUCCUCCCUCCUCUUUCUCUUCCCCACCGAGAAAAUCGCCAUCGCCAUCCUCUUCCUCAUUCUCUUCGCUACCAGUACAUUCGUCACGCUUAGGCACUACACGCCAUCCUGGUUCUUUUAUUACCUUAUCAGCAACCGCCCUCUAGCAUUCCUUCUCUUCGCCCUCUCCAAUCUCGGAACCCUCAUUCAACCCCUCAUCUGGACCCUCAUCUGCGUCAACACGCCCAACGCGGACCGCCGACUGGCAACUCUGUGCGCGUCAUUCGCCGGAUAUGCGCUAAGCCUGAUCUUGCUAAAUGCGGGGCUCGGCCAGCUGAUCGGGUUGUUCGACGGGUCGUGGACGUAUGUGGUGGUUGCGGUGGUGGAGCUGGGGCUGUGGGUGGCGUUGGGGGCGUGGUAUGUGCGGAAGAACAGGAUGAAAGCGAGGGGCGUGCAGCGGGCGGAAGGAGAGGAGGACGAGGACGAGGACGAGGGUGAAGGUACGGAACGAGCGUUUCGGUACUCGUACUGA